AUGUCGAGUGUCGACAAGCAGAUGCUGCGCGAUACCCGCGCGCUCAUACAGAAAGGAGACUGGGAGAAGGCGUCGGAGAAAGCUGCGGCGAUCCUCGAGUUCUCGCCGGAAAACUACAAUGCCCUCGUCUUCCGGGGUCUUGCGCUUCUUCACCUCGGUCAAGAGGAGGGAUCCGAGACGUCAUACCUGCGUGCGACGGAGGUCGAUGGUAGCCAGGUCCUUGCCUGGCAGGGUCUCGAGAAGCUGUACAGCACGCAGAAGCAGUGGGCCAAGCUCGGCAAUGUCUACCAUCACCUCGCCGACAUUGCGCUGAGUGCGGGCGACGCGGAAAAAUGCGGAAACGCACUCACGAAGCUUAUUGCGUUGCGGCGGCAGCACGGGUCGUACCCCGAGAUCGCGCAGGCACUGCUCACCUUUGUGCCGCCGUCCAAGUACUGCUCUCUUCUCGAGACGCUUCCGGUGCCCGACCAGGCGGCGCCGGCGUCGAACCCUGCCUUCAACGCGCAGAUGCUCGUACAUGUUGGCGCGCUCGAAAACGUCCUCGAGCUGAUCGACCUCCUCCAAAAGGCCGACACGCUCAAGAUGGACGAGAUCGUCAAGAAGCAAAAGAGCACACUCGAGGGCGCCAAGCUCGGCAUGACUCUGCUGCGCAACCAGGCGACUGCUACGGUCUCGGCCCAGUCGCGCGUCCCGUCGCUGUACGAAUACGUGAUCAACUCGCCGCGUGCCGACGACAAGAUGCGCCGCGACAUGGAGGGGCGGCUGCUCCGCUUCUACCACCGCUUUGUGACCGCAAUCCCGACGCGUGGCCCGUCUGCCAAUGCGGGGCUCAAGAAAGAGAUGCAUGAAAAGACGUACGAGCUCGCCAAAGGCGCCGUGCUCCUCGGCAUCUCUGACGAGCUCGCCUGGUCCAUCUUUUUGGAUUGGGGCGACUUUGCGCUCGUCCAUCUGCCGUACAUGCACCUGCUUACCUUUGUGAAGCUCUUCCCCCGCUCGGCGCGCACCAACUCGAUCCGCGCGCUUCUGCGCCUGGUCGGCGACGAGGCGUACCAGCGCGGCGACGCUGGUGAAGUGACGCGCGAGCAGAUCCUCAAAGAGACGGACCUCUUGCAGCUCGCCCUCGAUGGCCUCGACAAUAAGCAGGACACUCUCUUUGCGCAGCGCAUUGUCGCGCUCUUUUACCUGCUCGACAAGGACUAUGCGUCGGCACUGGAUAUCCUUCUUGCCGCACACAGCAAGCUCGGGGACCGCGAGGCGAGCACCGGCGCGCCGGCCACCCACGUCACCCUCGAGCUCAAUGCGCAGCUCGCGACGGCGUACACGCACCUGCACCCCCCCAAGUACCACAAAGAGGCGCAGCGCCUUACCCAGGCGGUCCUCGCCAAGGACGGCACAAACCUUGACGCGCGCUUUGACCACGCCUACCUGUGCAAAGCGCGCGGCGCCUGGUUCGAAGCUCGCCGCGGUUUCGAGGUCGUGAUCUCGCUGGCGGCUGCGCAGGCCGAGUCGCUGCACGAGCUGCCCGAGAGCCCCGGCCGCAACCUGGCUGCGCUGCAGCUCUCGCCCGACGCGCGUCUCGAGGCCGAGGCCGAGCUGGCCAACACGCUGAUCGAGCUGAAGGAGCUUGUGCCCGCCAAGGACAUGCUCGAUGCGAUGAUCGAGCAGUACGACAAUGACGACAACGUCUUUGGCGCCGAGUUCCGUGCGCGCCUGUGGUACCUGCUCGGCCGCUGCUUCUGGGCGAUGGGCGGCGAGUUCCGCAAGGAUGCGCAGCAUGCGUACCGCUGUUAUGUCACGGCGAUCAAGCGCUGCGGCUCGUUCGCCCCCGCCUUUACCGCCCUUGGCAAGUACUACGAGACGGAGGCGACGCCGCCGGACCUCGUGCGUGCGUCCAAGUGCUUCCAGAAAGCCUUUGAGAUGGACGCGACCGAGUUCAGUGCCGCACAGCGCCUCGUCGAGCACUUUGCGGACCAGCGCGAGUGGGGCCUUGUGGAUGUGAUUGCGCGCCGCGUGAUCGAGGCGGAAGGCGGCGUCGAGGCGCUCGCCGGCCGCCCCAAGUCGGGCAUCCACGUCUCGCCGAACGCGUGGGUCUGGAAGGCGGUCGGCAUUGUUGAGGCGCUGAACAACCACCCCGAGCAGGCGAUUGUUGCGCUGCAGGUGACGCUGCGCUCGAACCCGCACGAUGUCGACGCGUGGGUGCGCAUGGGCGAGGCGUACCUUGCCUUUGGCCGUCCGAUCCCUGCGCUCAAGACGUUUGGCAAGGCGCUGCAGCUCCUCGGUGCGACGCCGAGCGCUGGCGUGGAAGAGUGGCACAUUUACUACAAUGUCGCCGAGGCGCAGCGCCGCCUCGGCCGCUUUGACCGUGCCGUGACGAUCCUUGCCCAGAUCGCCGAGCAGCGCCCGGAGCAGCACAGUGUGCGUGCGAUGCUUGCCGAGACGCGCCUCGACGAAGGCCGCCGUCUCCUUGCCUCGGGCUACGCCGCGCGCGCGCACAGCACGCUGCGCCACGCGAUCUACGACGCGGUGUGUGCGCUGCGUGCCGACAAGCUGCUGAGCACCGCGUGGAAGGUGGCGGGCGAUGCGUGUUUCUACCUCUCGAAGCUCGACCUGGGCCGUGCGCCGGACGACGCGGCGGCCGUUGCCCCGCCGCAAGGCGCCGCAGGCCUGCGCAGCACGCUGUACGAGCUCGUGCUGAUGCUCGGCCAGCUUGACCUCGACGCGCGCCUCGCGGCGAUCAGCGCGGUGUCGGCCGCGGACCUCACCGCCGCGAUUCCCGCCGACGACGACUGGAGCGAGCCGCGUGCGGCAGAGUACGCUCAGCAUGCGGUGCUGUGCUACAAGUACAUCGCCCAGGCCCAGUCAAGCGAGUCCAAGGUGACGGUGUUUUCGUGGGCCGAUCUCGCCACUGGCCUCGCGCGCCUCGCGGCCACUGCCGACGAGGCCACAAGCACGCUUGCGCACGAGCAGGCCGUGCAGUGCGUCCGCCUCGCGCUGUCGAUCAAGCCGCAGGCCCGUCUGUGGCUGCUCCUCGGCAACCUGCACUUUGCGCGCGACGUCGGCACGGCGCAGCACGCGUACAUCAUGGCGAUCGAGAGCAGCCCCAAGAGCCCCGUGCCCUGGACCUCGCUUGGAUUCCUGUACCUGAGCCAAGGCGACGCAGAGCUCGCCGAGCAGGCGUUCCUGCGUGCGCAGACCACGGCGCCCGACUGGCCCAUGAGCUGGCUCGGGCGCGCGCUGCUCGCCGAGCACGGCGGUGACGCGCGUGCGCGCCUCGCGCUGUUUGAGCACGCCUACACGCUUGCCGAAGGCACCUCGCUCGAGGCCGACUAUGGCUUUGCCAUGUCGGCCUUUGUGCGCCUGCGCCAAGGCGCCAAGCUGUCGCAGACGCAGGUCCUGUCACCGCUCCUUGCGCUGAACCACUAUGUCGCGCGGGCGCCGGUCGACGACGCCGGUCUGCACCUUUCUGCACUGCUCGCCGAGCAGCUCGGCGCGGACCGCCUUGCGAUCGAGCGUAUCGAGCGCGCUGCCGCGCAGCUCGAGGCGGGCUUUGAGGCGACCGAGAGCACUGCGCUUGCGCUCAAGUACGGCAUUGCGUCGAUGAACCUCGGCCGCAUCCGCCUUGCGCGCCGCGACGCGGACGGCGCGAUCGAGGCGUUUGAAGGCGCACUCGCGCUUCUCGGCGAGGAGGACACCGAGGCGGUGCCGGUGCACGCGGAUCAGCUGCAGCUCACACGCACCUCUGCGUCGGUCGGCAUCGCGCAUGCGCACUUUAUGCAGGGCGCGCACGCCGACGGCAUCGCCGAGCUCGAGGCGGCGCGCGCCGAGCUGCACGCGGCCGGCCUCGCAGACGAUGCCGUGGCGGCGGCCCAUGCCGAGAUCGCGGUACUCCUCGCGCGCAUGCGCUGGCAGACGGGCGAUCGCACGGCGAUCGCCGAAGAACUCGACACGGCCCUCGCGCUCGCACCGACCGACUCGCUGCUCAUCACCACCCGCGCGGCCCUCGCGUCGGCGGUGGGCGACACUGCGCAGUACAAUGCAGUGCUCGGCCAGUUUGCCGCGUCGCUCUCGCCCGCCAAGAAGCUGCAGCUGCGCAACAGCCCGGCGACGGCUUCGCUGAGCAUCUGGCAGCUGGCGGCUGCGUUCCCCAUCGAUGCGCUGCUGCAGCACCUCGCCACGACGAUCGGCUCGAGCGACUCGUCCACCGCCGUGCUCGUCCUUGCGGCCGAGACCAUGACGCGCCUCGGCGCGGCGCGCGUCGCUGCUUCGGAGCCGCUGCCGUCGCUUGCGCUCGAGCAGGGCUCCGUCCUGGGCGUCGCGCGCCGCGUGCUCCGCGCCGUGCGCGAGCGCGAAGAGGGCGACUUGUACUGGCCGGACGCCGUCGCGAAUCUCGCGCUCGCCGAGCUGCUCACCACGCGCGAGGCGACGUACACGCCCGAGGAGCCGGCGGCCGACGACGACGCGCCCAAGGCCCCGCGCGAGGUGCCGAGCGCUGCCGCAGCGGCGCAGCACGCCGCGGCGGCCGUGCACCUCGCGCCGUGGCACGCCGGCCACCGCCGGCUGCUCGCCGCCGCCUACCGUAUGGUCCUGGCGCUCGGGCGGUGGGUGUACGGCGCGGCGCUUGCGCCGUGCAUCGCGUACCUUGUGGGGAUGUCGAUGGACGUAAUCGGCGGCGCUGCGUGCACUACUGCGCCUUCCGUGUGCCCGGCGGAGCGUGCGGCGUGGAUCGCGGCGGUGGCCGAGCCGCUGCGUCGGUUCGCGUACGUGGUGCACUGCGUUGACAUGGCGUACCCCGCCCUGGUGAUCUCGGCCCUGCUCGCGGUGCUGGGCUACGGGAUCACGUAUCUUGCGGUCGGAUGGUCACGCAGUGCGUUCCUGGCGCAAGGGCUGUCCGGCGUCGACCUGCUCAAGACCGCGCUCGUGCCGCCAGGCACAACGCCGGAACGCGUCCCCGAGACGCUCGGCCUGCCGUGUGCGGCCGUGUACCUUUUUCUGCUGCUGCUGUUUAUCCCGUUCCGCUACUUUGGGCCGCACGCGUACAGCGUCUCGGCGCCGAGCGUGCACCAGGAGCUCGCGACGUUUUUGUCGGCGCUGCUGAGUAUGUACUCUGGCGCACUGCUCGGCUUUGUCGACGACGUGCUCGAUAUCCGCUGGCGGUACAAGCUGCCGAUUCCGCUGCUGUCGAGCAUCCCGAUGCUCGUCGUGUACAUGGCGAGCGAGGGCGUGACGAGUGUCGUGGUGCCGGCCUGGCCGCCGUUCCUGCGCAUGCUACUCCACGACACGGUCGAGCUAGGCGCGUGGUACUACGUAUACAUGAUGCUCCUCGCGACGUUCUGCACCAACUGCAUCAAUAUCCUCGCGGGCAUCAACGGCGUCGAGGUCGGCCAGGCGCUCGUCAUUGCGCUGAGCGUGUGCGUGAACGACUUGUUGUACCUCGACAUUGGCACGACGCUGCGCGAGGCGCUCUACGCGGACAUGCGCCCGGUCGCAUCGCAGGUGCCGCAGGCCGUUGCGGCGCGCCACCUCUUUUCGCUGCACCUCCUGCUGCCGUUUGUGGGAGCGAGCGCGGGGCUGCUCGCGUGGAACAAGUACCCUUCCAAAGUGUUUGUGGGGGACACCUACUGCUACUUUGCAGGCAUGGUCCUCGUCGCGGCCGGCAUCCUCGGCCACUACUCCAAGACACUCCUGCUCUUUUUCCUUCCCCAGAUCUUUAAUUUCGUGCUGAGCUGUCCGCAGCUCUUUGGCCUGGUGCCGUGCCCGCGCCAUCGCGUGCCGUACGUCGACCCCGCGUCCGGCCGGCUCAUCCCGUCGUGCGUGCGCCUCGCGGCGCACAAGAGCGCGGCAAAGCACGCGGCCGCAAACGCGUGUCUUGCGGUGCUCCUCCGCCUCCGCCUCGCGGCACCGCUGUAUGAUACAAAGGGCACACUUGUCGGCGUGACAAACCUCACUCUGCUCAAUACAAUCCUCGUCCGCCCCUGCCGCUGA